GUCAGGGAAAAACGCAGCCGAUCUCCCGCGCUUCUCCGCGUGCGCUGAUCAAUUGGUCUGGAAGCGCUGCUCCUGGCUACUGCAGGGAGCUCCGACGUCGGGCUGCUACGGUUGUGGGCAAGGGAGCAGGUCUACGCGAAAGAUGCAACGCUUGCAAGGGGAAGAUUCCUUUUCCUGAGGGUCGUGGGGUCUCUCUCGGCCCAUCAUCCAACCACAGUCCAUCGAUGCCAUGCACGACGUGGCCGCUCGCAGCCCAAGAGCCACAAAGAAAACAUGCUCAGGAGGAAGCCAGGGACCCACCCUUUUCCUCUUUGAUGGUGACUCGUGGGAAACAAGGAAAGCCGAUCAUCGGUCAUCGAUGGAUGGUGCAUUUCGUAUUGCGAAACUAUCCCUUCGACAAAUUACAUACUCGCAGUGCUUUGCUGCAUAUUUCAGGACCUCUCCACGUUACCCACUUCUCCACCAACUUCCCCCGGUGACUUGGCUCCUCGCCAGGACUCUGCAGUUACAUGCAAGCCAUUUCUCCCUGUUGUUGGUCCUUUGGCGCUGCGUUGCCGUGUUCUGUGCUGUCUGCCUCGGACAUGGUGUGGAGAGCUCGUUCGUUCGUUCAUUGGAAGGUCGACAGCUAGCGGGUAGCCAACUCGAUCUCUUCAUCGGCUCCAUGUUGAUUGCAAUUUGCUUCGUUCGAUGUUCGGAAAGAUCCCCUCGAUCUUUGACGUUUCACUCAGCCCUGGCUUGUUGGCAGAGGCUGAGCACUCCUCCACGGCUCCAUCGAUCCCCUCCUGCACUUGACGGAGAAGCGUUCCCGGCGAGUCUCGUCACUCAUGUUGCUCUUGUCUUCUCUCGGGGCCAGCGGGAGUGUCAUAUCGCGGAGCACUUGGUCGAGAGAUGAGUUGGAGGAAGUUUUGCUGAGCUUGCCGCCGGAAGACCUUCGCUUGAAGCCCAUGAUGAUAGUGAAGGUGAGUGAAGUUGAUGUCGGUAGGUUGAAUUGGUCGCAGGUAUAUGCGAACUGAUGGAUUCCAGAGUGAUAUGUAUCUCUAGACAAGGUGGCAGAUGGUUGGUAUAUGAAGUCUGACAGCCCUUUUGUAAGCGAGGCAUCACGACAUACUUAUACCACCAGUCAUCAUGGACAUGGAGAUAACGCG